UUGCUUUGACUGUGUUUGCCUGCGCAGGGAGAGCACAGCCUGACUUCUGUGCUGACUCCAUUGGACUGUCUCUCGCUGCUGCAGUCAUUCAGGGGGAGAAUGACAGUGACCGAGAAGAGCUGCGCCUGGCUCACGAGCACACAUGCAGCCGAGUGGGCUGGUCCCUCCUGCCCGGGCUGGCUGUGCCAAUGCAGCUGAGACACAGUAGUUUAUCAUUAACUCCCACAGAGGCAGCAGGAGACGCAACAGCAACAGCAGCACCCAGAGAAGUUCCCAGAGCAAAAUCCCUGAUUAAUCAGCAGCUUUGCCAAGAAUCCUGAAAAGAUAAAUCUUUUAUACAUCAUAUUGGAAUGUGGAGUAUCAUGUUAUCACCCGAAGAAUGACGCAAGCAUUAUCUCUACACUAGACUGAGACUGCACUGGACUGACACCAAAACUGGACUGUUGGACUUCUGGUUACUUCCAGUCUCGGCUAGAUGCAGAGUGGUCCCACUGAAUCAAAGAGCCUUCCCUCAGUGAAGUCUUGCCUAAACCUGCUGAGAUGACAUUUGGAGAGCUGCUCUAACCCUGCCCCCCUCCAUCUCCCUUAGAGCCUGCUGCUGACAUGGCAAGUUCUGGCAGUGAUGAGCCUCCAGCUACAGAGCCGGAGAUACCAGGGGCUGAAUGCUCCAUCUAUGAAGAGGUGAUAUGGCUUGAUAAAACAGAGCAGAACCAAAGACUGGCAGUGGAAGAACUGAUCAAGACAGAGGCCAGCUAUGUCCACAACAUCCAGCUGUGUGCAUCGGAUAUACGAGCCCACCUCCAGCAAAAGCAGCUGCCUGAUCUAGACCUGGAAGGGCUUUUCUCAAACAUUGAUGAUGUCCUGCAUGUCUCCAGAUGUUUCCUGAAAAGGCUAGAGGCUGCAGGCAGCCACACUGAGCAGCUGAACCAGAUCAGUGCCGUGUUUCAGGAGUUCAAGGAAAAGCUGGAGAGCGUCUAUAAGGUCUACUGUGCCAGCUACGAGCAGGCCCUGUUGCUUGUGGAAAGUUACAGGAAAGACCCACGGUUGCAGCAGGAGAUCCUAGACACCCUGAAUACAAUGGUACCUCACACUGGUGCUUCAGACCUGAGCUUCUUCCUGGUAAUGCCAGUCCAGCGGGUCACCAAGUAUGCGCUGUUGCUGCAGAAGAUCCUGGAGAACACAUCACCCAGUGAUGGCGCCUACCCUGCCCUGCAGAGCGCAACCAAUGCCAUGCUGGAGGUCAGCGCCAACAUCAAUGAGUACAAAAGGCGCAAAGAAGUAGCUUUCAAAUACAACAAGGCUGAGCAGCUGACGCUACGGGAGCGCUUCGCUCGGCUCAACACGCACUCCAUCGCCAAGAAGACCAUGCGUCUGAGCCGGCUCUUCAUGCAUGAAGCUGGCAUUGUGCCUAAGACAGAAGACAAAGAAUAUGAUGAUCUGGAAUUAAAAUUCCAGUGCCUGGCCUCCGGUGUGACCAUGCUGAAGGAGAACAUGGCCUCUUACUUGAACAAUUUAUUGGCAUUCCUCAUUUCCAAACCACAUGAAUGUGAGCUGGAAAUUGAAGAGGGAGCUGUCCAGCAAUAUCGCCGCCUUGCAGGAAACCUGCACCUCACCAUCUUCCCAGAAUUUAGGAGACGGCUGAACCAGGUGGUCUACCAACCACUCUGCAGCCUGACAGAUGCUCUGAGAGGACCACAACAGCUGAUCAAGAAGCGCCUAGACAAGCUGCUUGACUAUGAGGAGAUCCAGGAGCGGAAGAGUGAGACAGGCAGCGUGACCUAUGAUGAGGAAGCUGCUAUGAACACGUACCUUGCCAUCAAUGCCCUGCUCAUGUCUGAGCUCCCCAGGUUCAAUCAGGUGGCCAUGCAGUUGGUGGGGCAGAUACUGCACUCGCUUGUAGCCCUUCAAAGGGAGUUGGCCAAGCAGGUGCUGGAAGAGACUACAAGGGAGUUGGCCCAGCUGCCACACAGCCACCUUCCCCUCCCUACUUUCUGGAAGAUGGUGGAAGACACAUUAUGCCAGUCUGGCACCCAGGUUCAUGCCUUCUGCCAGAAGUUUGAGACAGUCAUGCCAAGCCCUGUGGUACAGUCUCUGAGCCCUGAGGAGGAGCAGAGGGUCCUUUCACUUGUGAGCAAACACAGUCCAGACAAGCUCUACCAAGUGAUAAGCAACAUCAGUGGCAGCAAAGACCUGGACCUGACCUUGCAGAGGGGACAGAUUGUGGCUCUCUUGCAUGGCAUGGACACUAAGGGCAACACUAACAGAUGGCUGGUGGAUGCUGGAGGUCCCCGAGGAUACGUCCCUGCUGGAAAACUCCAACCCUAUCACCUGGUCCAAAGCCAAAAGCCCAGGAUGCAGACGCUGACCCCAGAUGACAGGGCUGAGAGAAGACGACACUCUUACACCUUUUCCGAAGCUCCCAGGCCUCCGGUUCCCAUUGUCACACCGGCUUCCCAGGUGGUCGCCGGUUUCUCGUUCGCAGCCAGGAGCCCCCAGGAGGUCAGCCUUCAGGCAGGGCAGCCGGUGGCAGUGCUGGAACCUCACGAUAAGAAAGGCAGUAAGGACUGGAGCCUGGUGGAAGUUAAUGGACAGAGGGGCUAUGUUCCUUCCAGUUACCUGGUGAUGGUCCCUCCAUGGGAGCCACUGGGGUGGAGCUUGCCUGCUUGGUCUCCACCAACUCAGCAAACAUAAAGGCAGUAGGGAUGCUCAGAUUCAGAACUGAGCUGUCCAUCCCCCUGCUGACCUGGCUCCCCCCAGCGAGGCUUGCCAUGCAGGGAGGGGACCCGGGGAGUGAAACGGCAGGGAUAGGGAAUGGCCCACAGGGCUGAAAUUCACCUAGGGGAAGGGAAGGACAAAAGCGGCUGCCACAGCAUUUUGCCCAGUGACUUCAUGAGCGUGAGUGUGUAUGGGUGGGUGUGAGGAUGUCUUAUAUGUUGUUGCCUAUGAGGGGCUGAGUGGGUGUGUGUGAUGUUGCAUUGUUGCGUGUGUCCUCAUGUUUUCUUAGAAGCCAUGAAGGGAUGUUAAGAAAUUGGAUAUUAGGAAAAACUUUCUCACUAGGAGGGUGGUGAAGCACUGGAACGGGUUACCCAGAGAGGUGGU